AUGGCACCCAAAAAUGAUUCAGCGACAGCCGAAUUAGAUGCGUCAAGUGAAAUUAUUGAUGUUUCAGAACAAUACAAUAAACUGCAACAGAGUUGGUUGCAAGCGUGCGUAGCCAUAGGAGCUCUUGCGGCAUCGAUACCGUAUACCUACAUGUUCCAACGUUACACAAAGAAAUGGGUGUUCUUAUCGGCUGGUAUUAUAUCGGCUUGUAAGUUCAUUCUGUUGUCUAAUGAAGUUUUGCUUUUAAUCGAUACUUCGUGUGAUUCACAGGUUUUUGAGAAGAAGAAUUUGAUAAUUCAUUACUGCAACGGAAAUUAG